GGCACACUUUGUAAUGCCUUGUUAUCCUCUUCUCUUUGUUUUCUUUCUCUCAUUACUUCAAUCCAUUCUAACAACACAAGAGGGAGAAGCUCUUGUGAAAUGGAAGAAUAGCCUAGCCCCUUCUUCUUUUCUCGACUCUUGGUCACUCACCAAUCUCGAUAAUCUUUGCAACUGGACUGGCAUUACUUGUAACUCUGCAGGUUCAGUCUCUCUGAUUAACCUCUGUGAGAAACAACUUGAUGGAAUGCUGUCUGAGUUUGGUUUCACUUCAUUUCCAAAUCUCAACAAUCUCACCCUCGCAGUUAACAACUUCUCCGGUCCAAUACCAGCAGCCAUUGAGAAUUUGACAGAGCUUCGGUAUCUUGAUUUGAGCAAUAAUUAUCUAGAUGGUCCCAUUCCUUUCCAGGUUAGCCAUCUUCAGAGGUUGCUCAUCUUAAAUCUGUCACGGAAUGCAUUGCAAGCUCUAAAUUGGUCCAAUUUCUCUCCCAUGCCUUUUUUGCGCAUCCUCAAGCUCAGUAGAAAUCAUCUUGCGUCGAAAUUCCCAAAUUUUAUAUCCAAUUCUCAUAGCCUGACUCACCUUGACCUUUCAUAUAACAUGUUUACCGGUGAUCUAGCAUGUGAACCAAUAUUUGCCAACCUGCAUAAGCUUGAAGUGCUUAGUCUCGUUGACAAUUCUUUUGAGGGGCCAUUUCCGCCAAAUAUAUUCAAGCUUUCCAAAUUAAAACGUCUUGCCCUGUCAGGUAACAAAUUUUCAGGUCCAAUUCCCAAUGACAUAAGGUUGCUUUGUGAUCUUGAAUCCCUAUAUUUAGGUAACAAUUCCUUUGAAGGACCGCUUCCACCAAAUAUAUUCAAGCUUUCAAAAUUAAAAGAUCUUGUUCUUUGGCGUAAUAAGUUUUCAGGUUAUAUUCCCAAUAGUAUAAAUUUGCUUUCGGCGCUUGAAGCCCUCGAUCUUUAUUCUAAUUUUUUUGAGGGGCCGCUUCCACCAAAUAUAUUCAAGCUCUCAAAACUAAGGAUUCUUUCCCUUGGGAACAAUAACUUUGCAGGUUCUGUCUCUAAUAAUAUAGGUUUGCUUCCUGAGCUUGAAACCCUAUAUCUUGACUCUAAUUUGUUUGAGGGGCCGCUUCCCCCACAUAUAUUCAAGCUCUCUAAAUUAAGAUAUCUAGACCUCUCAAACAAUAGAAAUUUAUUUGAAAUUAGAAGUAUUCCUAUUGGAUUGGGACUCUUGACUAACCUCAACUAUUUAGAUCUACAUUGCAGUAAUCUCAGUGGCGAUAUUUCAUCUGCCAUUGGAAACCUGAAGCUACUAGUAUUUCUUGAUCUCAGUUUUAAUCAAUUGACCGGACCGCUUUCAAAGAUCGUUUCUAAUCUCACAAAUCUUAUAUAUCUUGAUGUAAGUCAUAAUAGUCUUAGUGGAAAUAUUAGUGACUUGUGGAAAUAUUAUCUGUCUGGGAACAUUCCUAAGGAAUAUAACGAUCAUCCAACUUUGGAAUACAUCAAUUUAAGUGGGAACCAUUUUACAGGUAUGUUUUCUCUAUAUAUCUUUUCCUUUUGUCAUAUUAACUAAGCUUGUAAUCUUUUUGUAGUUAUACCAAAGUUUUAACAAUCUUGACAGGUGAGCUUCCAACAACAAUUUGCAAUGUCACUUCCCUUUCAGUUCUUGAUUUGUCAAAUAAUGGAUUAAGUGGUGCACUUCCAAACUGUUUCGCGAAUCUUGCUGAUAGAUUGCUUUACAUUAAUCUUGCUAAUAAUCAGUUUCGAGGAACAAUACCAACUACUUUAUCCAAAAGUUGUCAGCUGACAUAUCUAAACAUGGAUAAUAAUGAGUUUGAAGGAUUGGUGCCCCCAUCUUUGGCGAACUGUAAGCACUUGAAAAUUCUUGAUAUUGGCAAUAAUAAAAUAGGUGGUUCAUUCCCGUCAUGGCUUUAUGUACUUGGAGAGCUAGAAGUCCUUGUCUUGCGAUCAAAUAAACUCUAUGGUACAAUAACUGGAAGGAGCAUAGAAGAUCCCUUCCCCAAGUUGCGGAUUGUGGAUCUGUCCGAUAAUCAAUUCACAGGCCAUUUGCCAAUUCAAUACUUUAAGAAUAUGAAAUCAACUGAUAAUAUGUAUAAUUAUCUGAAUUCCACAGGAGGAAUAUAUUUCACUUAUGAA